GAAGUGUUUUACAACCCGGUCCAGGAGUUCAACAGAGACCUAACGUGUGCCGUCAUUACAGAGUUCGCCCGCAUGAAGCUCGCCACCAAAGGGAUUCAGAGUGAGACCCUGCCUGUAACGCUCCCCUCCUCUAGCCCCCCUGCCCGGGGCUGACCAGAGACAGCUCGUUCGUGGGCUUCUCCCAUCUCUACCCGGUUCCUUUGUGGGUGGAUGUUGAGCGGGUCUGGGGCUCCCAUGCCUUCCCCGAGUCUGGAGUCUGGGUAUCCGUUGGCAAGCUGGGAAGCCUUCCUGGAAAGUUCUGUGUCGCUGGGAGACAGGUGUCAGGGGGAGGGUUGGAGGACCCUCCCUUGCGGGUGGGCCUCCCUGGGAGGAGAGAUGUGGGGACUUCCUUUGGGGGAAGGGGAGGAGGAGCGGGAGGCAGAUGGUUCCUUACACCAGGAUGGUUUGGGGUGGGUGGCUGUAGUUGAGGUGCCAGGUGAGGAGAAGCUUCAGAAGGUGGUUGUGAACCUGGCUGAAUCGGAGAAGGAGAGCAUGGAGCCCCCUCCCAGGGACCAGCCUCAGACAGCGGCUGUGGGGAGUGUCUGCGAGGGGGGCUUGCGCGUGCUGGAGGGCUUGGCAGCAUCGGGCCUGCGCUCCAUCCGCUUUGCCAAGGAGGUCCCAGGCCUCCAAGCAGUGAUAGCAAAUGACGCCUCCGCCCGGGCUGUGGACCUCAUACGGUGCAAUAUCCAGUUGAACAACGUUGGUCACCUGGUGCAGCCUAACCUAGCUGAUGCUCGCCUGCUGAUGUAUGAGCACCAAAGGGGAGCUCAGCGAUUUGAUGUCAUUGACCUAGACCCUUAUGGAAGCCCAGCCACAUUCCUAGAUGCUGCAGUGCAGGCUGUGUCUGAAGGAGGCCUGCUAUGUGUGACCUGCACUGACAUGGCUGUGAUGGCAGGAAACAGCAGCGAGACAUGUUACAGCAAAUACGGAGCCAUGUCCAUCAAGAGCAAAGCCUGUCAUGAAAUGGCACUAAGAAUUGUGCUGCACAGCCUAGACCUUCGGGCCAACUGCUACCAACGCUACAUCGUCCCCGUGCUCAGCGUCAGCGCCGACUUCUACAUCCGGGUCUUUGUGCGUGUAUACACAGGCCAGGCCAAAGUCAAAGCCUCAGCCAGUAAGCAGGGAUUCGUGUUCCAGUGUGUUGGCUGCGGUUCCUUCCAUUUGCAAAGACUGGGCAAGGCAGUGAACAAUGGUGGACGGGUGAAGUUCUCUGCGGCCACAGGCCCCCCGGUGGGCUCUGAGUGUGAGCACUGUGGGCAGCGCCAUCAGCUAGCCGGCCCUCUGUGGGCAGAGCCCAUCCAUGACCUGGACUUUGUGGCUCAGGUCCUGGCUGCUGUCAGCAGGAACCCGGGGCGUUUCCGGACGUCUGCAAGGAUCCGGGGGGUCCUGAGCAUGGUCACUGAGGAGCUGCCGGAUGUCCCCCUGUACUACACUCUGGACCAGCUGAGCAGUACCAUUCACUGCAACACACCCAGUCUUUUACAGCUCCGCUCUGCCCUCCUACACGCUGGCUUCCGAGUGAGCCUCUCUCACGCCUGUAAAAAUGCAGUGAAAACAGACGUCCCGCCCUCGGUGCUCUGGGACAUCAUGCGCUGCUGGGAGAAGGAGAACCCUGUGAAACGAGAGCGCCUCUCAGAGACCAGCCCGGCCUUUCACAUCCUCAAAGUUGAGCCCAGACUCCAGGCGAACUUCUCCAUCCGGGAUGAUGCUAACCCCAGCUCCCGGCAGCAGGGACUCCAGCGAUUCCAGGCAAAUCCUGAAGCCAACUGGGGGCCAAAGGCCCGAGCCCGGUCUGGGGGGAAGGCCCCCUUCGAGCUGGCGGAGAAGCGGCGACAGCUCCAGAACAAACGGAAGGAGCCCAGUAAGGACCAGGGCACUGAGAAGCUCAAGGCCUUCCCUUGCAAGAAGUUCAAACAGGGAACCUGCCUUUUGGGGAAUGAAUGCUGUUACUCGCACAGCCCUGAGGAGCCCCGGCUUGAGCCUGAGCCCAGCCCGGAUUCCUUGCCUUGAGGUCCUCUACCUGACCCUACUCUCUUUGGACUCGGAUAAUAAAGUUAAAGGACUCCCCCCUCCACACAA